GUUGAGUCUGCACUGGUUGCUUACGGCCAGAUGUUUCAGUUCAGCCUGCACUGGACGGUGUGUGUUUCGACCGGGAGAUGUCUCCGUAUCCUCGGAAGCGACGAAAUGCGAGGGCGGCCGGGCGGCGGCGCUGCGGAGUGCAGCCGCAGCCGGUGCCGGCGAGGAUGGCGGCGGUAGGUCGGUUAGGUGUCCCUCGCUUCAUGUUAAAAGCCGCAGGGAGCAGCCGAAGCUGCAAUUGGAGAGUAGGUUUUCUUGGCUUCACUGGGUUCAAGUUAAAAGCUCAGGUUCAGGAAGGUGCCUUAAAUUUAGGAAGAGGAUUCACUCUGAUGUUACUGACCUUCCUAGGUUAUAAGACAUACAAAAAUAUUCCACGAGCAUUAUUAGUUUAUGCUAAUCAAACAGUGGAAGAGAUAAUAGACCAGGCUGACUAUCUUUAUGGCACUGGAGAGGUGACUAAGCUUUAUCACCUUCUUAUCGAACACAAGAACAGUAUGAAUGGUGAGCUUCUCUGGCGCCUUGCUCGAGCAUCACGUGACUUGGCUCACUUAGAAAGUACUUCUGUGGAAAAGAAGCAGCAACUAACUUAUGAAGCCUUGGAGUUUGCCAAAAAGGCACUAGAAAUAAACGAACAGAGCUUUGCAGCUCAUAAGUGGUACGCGAUAUGUAUCAGUGAUGUUGGAGACUACGAGGGUAUCAAGGCAAAAAUAGCAAAUGCUUAUGUCAUUAAAGCACACUUUCAGAAAGCCAUUGAACUUAAUCCCAAAGAUGCAACAUCAAUUCAUUUAAUGGGACUAUGGUGUUUCACAUUUGCUGAAAUACCCUGGAUCCAACAGAAAAUAGCGGCUGCAUUCUUUGCCACCCCACCAAGCUCCACUUAUGAAGAGGCUCUCCAGUAUUUUGACAAAGCUGAAGAAGCUGAACCAAAUUUCUACAGUAAAAACUUAUUAAUGUUGGGGAAAACUUGCAUGAAAUUAAAAAACAAGAAGUUAGCUUUGUUGUGGCUGACCAAAGCAAGGGACUAUCCUGCACGAAAUGAAGAAGACAAGCAGGUUCAAAAGGAAGCCAUUGAACUACUUAAAUCACUACUGGAGUCAAGGACUUAACUGAAGUCAAUCUUGCACAUUAAAAUAGUCUCCAGCCAGUCACUAUGUGAUGAGAUUAAUUUGGAAGUUAAUUGAUUUCUCAA